UCCCGCCAGUAGGUGGAGCUGUGAGACGCCUCUCCAUUAAAAAGUAAAGAGAAAGCACUAGUUGUAAACACGCUUGCUGAAUCAACUUUAACCAGAAGUAUAGUGUCAUCGGCGAAUAGUGACGAUGCAGAGGAGCGCGGGGACUAUUAAAGCCAUUCGGGCUCUAGGGUACCCCGGAGGUUCGUGCAUCGCGAGGUGUCGGUGCGAUGAGCUUCCCUGCCCGCUGCUCACAUGGCUGUGUGCGGAGCUGAGGUCUCUGUGUCCAGAGCUGCAGGACCCAUCUAGGAGAGGCGACGUCGUGCUGAUGGGAGACCUCAGAAAUAUUCUGACCAAACUGUCCUCGCCUCUCUUGACCUUUGACGAGCUGGGGUCAGAGGUCCUCGACAGAGUCACUGAGUUCCUUGUGUCAGAGCUGCAAGCAGCUCACAUUAUGAAAAAUAAGGAGUCUCGUCCCGAGGUGAGGACGACUGAAGAGGAGCCUGAGAAGGAGCAGCGAGCCGAAGACCAGAGCCAUGAACCUGAAGAUGAUGACGAUGCAAGGAUGGCAGAGAUGCAGGCAGAGUGGGUGUUACUGCUGCGUGCUCUUGACAUGUCCACCUGCUCUGAAUUUACACUUGUGUUAAGUGAGGUGGAGUCUAGGGUUGCUCAAAUACAGUGUACAGACAAGACCAAGCCUCUUCUCAGCAACAGCCUCAGCUCAGAGCAGUGGACGCAGGUUGAAGAGCUCAAUCGACGGCUGUCAAAAGACUAUCGCUGCCGUCGGCAAAUGAUGAUCAAGCGUUUUCAGGUCACGCUAGAGUCAUUUACUUGGGGAGAAAAGACAAAGGAGUGCAGUGAAGCGCUCGCCUCUGUGCCUCCUCUAGCGUCCCUGGCUGAAAGCUCUCGAGUGUCCCUGUCUCUUCUGCUCGCUGCUCGAGUAAAUCGUUCCUUUAUUGAUCCAAUCAAGGCUGGAAAAAGCACCCAUGUUUACAAGACACUCAUGGGCAGUGUGCCAGACCGAGGAGGACGACCAGGAGAAAUUGAGCCUCCUAUGCCAGUGUGGGAAAAUCAAAGGGCAAAAGGAAACCGGUCAGGGCGUGGAGGUGGACACCAUCAACGGCGCAAAAAAGGGAAAAAAGACUAAUACGUUUAUAUCGUAAAUAUCUGUAAGCAAAAAUGCAAGCAAAAAUUGUGUAACCGAAAUUUUUUAUUUUGAUUCUUAGUUAUUGUUUGUGUACAUUUCUAAAAUAGCUGUUCAUAGCUAUAUUGUGCUGGACUGUAAACCAGAUAUUUUUGUAUUUUUUUUUUUAAUGAAGCAAAACAGAAGAAAUAAUUAAUAUAUAUCUUUGCCUUGCCAAUGUAUUGGUAGGUUUGUUUACAAAAUAAUAAACCUGCUGUACACAGG